AUGAGACCUAAAUACUACUUUUUCUCAAAAAAUCAUCUCUUCUUUGCAAUAAUCAUCCUAGGAGUUAUACAAAUUGCUUAUUCACAAAAAGAUUUGGAAAUUUUCCGCUUUCAAAUUGCUCAGUGUUCAACAAUGGCAACAUCACUAAGUGCAAACCUAAGCUACUGUUUAUUUUGCGUUCAAAAUUAUAAAGAAGAAUGUAAUAAUUUAUGUGCCUCCCGAGAAGAGGAUCAAGAAAUCUGUAGUCGAAUAUGUUGGCGCUUUGCUAAAUACGGUACUUUUUCAUGUAAAAACAAUGUUGGCUAG